ACGUUUACGAAAUGUCGCUAGCGUAGGGACUAACGGUUUCCGGUAGCGGAGGAGCCGAGAAGAGGGGGUGUGAGCAGAUGCCCUGUGACCCUUGGCCCCUAGUAACCUAGUGCCCCUGCAGCCAGUUCCAAAAUGAUGGGCUGCGGAGAGUCAGAGAUAAAAUCCGCAAAAGGGGAAGAGGCCGUGGUGGCCCCGGGACCACCUCCAGAACCCCGUGCCGCGGACCCCGGAGCUCCAGUGCCCGAGCCCGGACUGGACCUGAGCCUGAGCCCGCGUUCCGAGAGCCCCGAGCGGCAAAACUGCAGCCCGAGGCGGCGGAAGUGGGGGACAAACGAGCGGGGCGGGGCCCGCAAGGGGCGGCAGGUCCGCUUCCGCCUGGCACCGCCCUCCCCAGCCCAGUUCGAGCCGCUGCCGGUCACCGGCGCACCUAGCGAGAAGCCUGUGGCAUCCCAGGACUUGGGUGCGCCUGCGCAGCACAGCAGCCUGGCUUUGAGCCUUGAGCUGCAGGCUGCGAGGGCCGCAGCCGCGGGCCAGUUCGAUGCCGCAAAGGCGGUGGAGGAACAGCUGAGAAAGUCGUUCCAGACCCGCUGUGUCGUGGAGGAGAGCGUAGCCGAGGGGCUGAACGUGCCGCGCUCCAAGCGGCUUUUCCGGGACCUGGUGAGCCUGCAGGUGCCGGAGGAACAAGUUCUGAAUGCUGCGCUGAGGGAGAGGUUGGCGCUCCUGCCACUCCAUGCUCGAGCCCCGCCCCCAAAGGAGCCACCUGGGCCAGGGCCAGACAUGACUAUGUUGUGUGACCCAGAAACGUUAUUUUAUGAAUCUCCACACCUGACCCUGGACAGUCUACCCUCUCUGCACCUUCAACUCCGGCCGCGCCCUUCAGAGGAUACCUUUCUCAUGCAUCAGACACUGAGGCGAUGGGAAGUGUAGACCUGGAGGCUCACAGAAUUAUUAUAGUUCAUAAGUAUCAAAAUAAAGUGGUUUUGCUAAUAAAUGGGAC